GCUUGUUCUUUUAUCUAAAUGCUUUUUAUUCUUGUUUUUCUACUAAUAGUAUAAAAUUUGUCAGAUUGACACGACAGGCAUCAAUUACUAAUUUAGUUAUGGUAAUAACAAAACUGCAGUCCCCUCUAAACCGUAUAGGUGGACAAGACGUAGUACCCACCCAAUCCGCUAAUCUCACUCCCAUUUCUCAUCUUUAUGGGGCUCAUAGAGUUCACCAAUGCCACACCUCGUUACUCUCCGGCCUCUCUACAAUCAUCUCCCUGUUCAUCUCUGAAGGAAGAAGCAUGGGCAGUAGGAGGGAGUGGGAUUCUAUUGAGAACAAGAAACGGAGGCAAGUCAUUAGUCAUGGAACCGUGACAAAAGCUGCCGAUAGUAUCGUAGCUAAUCUAUACGAAGUCAAAUUUGUGGAUGAUAAGAAAGGGUUUGUGCUUGGGUACGAUGGAGUCUUGCUUGGAUAUGUCGGAUGAAGAAAAUGGCAGAGCAUUCUAUUACAUACACAUGGUAGGCAGCAAACCAAAGCGGCUACAAAGUGACCCUUUUACAUGAGCAGAUUCUAUUUUAAUCAUGUCGCUGCAGUGUACCAAAACUAAUACUGGAACCGUGUAAAGUUAUUGCGUCUUGGUUCUCUCUAUAGGCCAUCAACUUUUUAAAAUCUCUGUUUACAAUAAUAUUGAUUGGUCAUAGAA